CUCGCGGUUGAAAACAAAGAAUCCUUCUUAACAUAUCUUCCCUUAGGAACUUGGAAAAAAACCAUACGCAGCUUAACAAAAACUUUGCUUUCUUUUGCUUACUUUGAAAGCUUUGUAUACAUUUUCUCUCAAUGGCGAACGAGCACGAUUAUUUGCUGCCAGUGCACGAGCAAGAUGUAGGCGAUCAUCCGAAUCGCGUCUCAUGGAAACUGAAAAAGGUGCAUUAUAUUCUUCUUUCUGUUGCUUUAAUGGCUCUUGGUUUUUUUUUCUUAAUGCCGUUUUUGACAAAGAAAGUAGGACCCAAACCAAAAUAUGCGGUGAUGAUGGUCUCUGAUGGAAUGGGACCCGCUUCUUUAUCCAUGAGUCGUUCAUUUGCUGAGUACAUUUCUGGUGAAAAGAAUUACAUUCUUCCCCUUGACAAGCAUUUAAUUGGAAGUUCUAGAACAAAGUCUAGUUCAAGUCUCAUUACGGACAGCGCUGCUGGUGCUACCGCCUUUUCUUGCGCUGCCAAAAGCUAUAACGGAGCAGUCGGAGUUUUAGAUGGUGGCAGAGCGUGUGGAACUAUAUUAGAGGCAGCAAAAGAAGCUGGCUAUUUAACUGGUAUGGUUGUUACCAGUAGAAUUACGGACGCAACACCAGCUUCAUUCUCUGCUCACGCUGCGAAUCGCUUUAUGCAAAGCUUAAUUGCCGAGUAUCAGGUAGGUAUGGGUCCAUUGGGACGCAGCACGGAUUUGAUGUUUGGAGGAGGCUUAUGCUCUUUCCUUCCCAAUUCAAGCUAUCAAUCCUGUCGUUCGGAUGACUUGGACCUUUUGGAGUAUGCGAAAGACAAUCAAGAAUUUAACAUACUUUUGAACCGUACUGAUUUUGAUGAUUCAGAAAAACAUCAACUCCCUUUGUUAGGAUUAUUUGCAGACCAUCACAUGGACUACAAUGUCGACAGGGAUCCCAAGAGCCAACCGUCUCUUACCGAAAUGGUUGAAUCAGCUCUUGAUACUCUCUAUGAAUCUUCUAAAGCUACUGGAAAAGGCUUUUUCUUGCUCAUUGAAGGAAGUCGUAUCGACAUGGCUUCUCACAACAAUGAUCCUGUUGCUCAUGUUCACGACGUGUUAGAGUAUAAUAGCGCUUUUCAAAAGGCUUCUGAUUUUAUAGAAAAGACUGGUGGAGUCUUGAUAUCUACUUCUGACCACGAAACAGGUGGAUUAACCGUUGGUCGACAAAUUACUCCGGAGUAUCCUGAGUAUCUGUGGAGGCCAGAAGUCCUUGCACGGGCGACCCAUUCUUUUGAAUACCUUGCGAGAUCUAUCAUGACCCAUGAAGAAUCAGAACUUCGUUCUUUUAUAGAAAGUGCCGUUUUCCCAGCUUUAGGAAUAAAAAAACCCAGUCAUAAGUGGGUGAACAGCCUUUAUACUGCGAGAUCGAAUGUUUUUGAAUUGAUCAAUCGUAUGAGUCUCAUCAUUAGUGAACAAGCGCAAAUUGGUUAUACCACUCAUGGUCAUACAGCGGUAGACGUGAACGUCUAUGGAAGCGGAGACGCUGUUCAUAACAUAAAAGGAAAUUUAGAAAACAUUGAGAUUGGAGCAUAUUUGGAAAAAUAUUUAGGGCUUUCUUUAGACACGGUCACCUCAAAAUUGACUGAUGCUCCUAUCUAUGGCUCACCAGAUCGUGGAUUUAAGGCAGAUGCUUUUGUACAUGAAGUUUUGGAAAAACAUCCGGAGAUGAAUAUUAGUAACUUUGAAGAUUACCUAACAUCAUCAGUCAAAAACGACCUUAAUGCUGAGCUUUAAGUAAUAUUCUCUUUCAAGAUCCGUUUGUUUCGGCAUCUCAUGACAGCGUUUGAUAAUUGACUUUUUACUACAAUCUGCUAUUUAUAUUCAUGGCUAUAAUUUAUUCUAUCUGACCACAACUUAAUAUUACAUGAAAUGAACUCUAACUAUUCGCUCUAUUAUUACUUGCUUUAAUAUUACGCUGAUCAGCGUCCUUUAUUGGCAAGAUACCUCUUCCUGAGUAUACAAGCUAUAAAAAUAAAUAUUUAUUCCAUUCAUAGUGUUCAAUCAAGAAAAAUUCGAUUAAUCAGAAAUUGAGCUUCACUAAAUAUGCUGGUCAUACUUAGCCAUAACUCGCAAUUAGUUGAUUGCCAUUUUAGAUUUUGUUUAAUCAUUCAAGUUAGACAAAGUAUUUAUUUAUUUAUGUGAAAUUUCGUACAUGAUCC